GUUUCUACUUCUCAGGUUUCGCUAUUUGACUAUGUAUACACCUGACUUGACACCACAGGACUUCCAUCGUCUCUGGCUGGACAAUGAUGAGAAGAAGCACUCGAAGUCAAAGAGUGAGAAGGCAUCCUCAUCGGAAUCCCCAAGAAGUGCACCACCGUUAUCGUCGUAUUCAUCAACAAGGCCCGGUGCCUCUCUCGAUAACGCUGAUGAGGUACAGCAGAGUAUUUCACAACGGGUGAGACAGCUCAGAGAUAUAAGAACUUUGGGGUUCGAAUACUUGACACCUUUGGGAGUUGGAAAGACAAUGCAAAUGGUUCAGGAUGAGCUCGAGCUAAGAAGGCAGUUGAACGACCAAAUGAAUGACGGGGCACCGACUGCAGAAAACUUAUUAGGUGAAGCCACCCUCGAACAGCAGUUACCACUGCAAGAAGAAGGACAACACCAGUAUUCGGUGACGGAAGUACAAGGUGCUGAGGAGCCGGAAGCUUCGCGCACGGAGGAAGAUGGACCACUUCCAGAAGCUCAGAACCUGGAAUUACUUGGAGAUUUGGAUGACGAUGUACCUGAAGCAGAUGAAGCGGUUUACGAUAUGAGCUACAAUGAUGAAGUUGAAGAUGUAAGGACUUUUGAAAGCCAAUAUGAUCGUGGAUUUAUGGUUGCGGAACAGUACGAAGCGGAUUCUGCUGAACAUGAAGAUGCUCAACGCAGAGACUCUGCACCAGUAGCACAUUUCAUCACUCCAACCCAUAUCAAUGGUGAGAAUCAACACCGUAAUGAGCAACAGAGAAGCUUUGAGUCGGAACAGUUGCCGAUUUCAGAAUCUUCGUUCGAUGUGUCAAAUGUAUCUAUGAAUGGCUCUGAUUUGGAUAUGACGAUUGAUGAUUGAGUUUAAUCUCGUCAACCUUGGCCCUUUGCAGAUGAAUUGCAGGAACCAUCCAUUUUCCGCAACUACAACGAGAACCCUUCCAAUUGAAUGCACCAACUUUUGUAUCACAUUUUGGACAUUGGAAUUUACCCUCCAACUCUUGUGAAUUCUGCAAAUCAUCCUUCAUCCAAUUCAGUGGUUCAACGAAAUAGUGGGAGC